GUGAGCGCGCGGCUCCCCCUCGGUUUCGAGAACCGACUUGGCGGGUGCCGAGGAGUCCUCCUCCCCGUUCUUCGUGGGGUUUGCCGUCUCCUCCGGCCUGGUGGUCCUGGGGCGGAGCCUUAGCCGACCUGGAAGACGGUCAAAUCUUGGGACAGUGAAUAUUGCUCGUUUCUCCACAGAAUAAUUUAAGGAUGACCACGCCGAACAAGACACCUCCUGGUGCUGAUCCCAAGCAGUUGGAAAGAAGUGCCACCGUAAGGGAGAUCGGGUCUCAAGCUGUGUGGUCACUCUCAUCUUGCAAACCAGGUUUUGGAGUGGAUCAAUUACGAGAUGACAAUCUAGAAACUUACUGGCAAUCUGAUGGCUCUCAACCUCACUUAGUGAACAUCCAAUUCAGAAGAAAAACAACAGUGAAGACGUUGUGUAUUUAUGCAGACUAUAAAUCUGAUGAAAGCUACACUCCAAGCAAAAUCUCAGUCAGAGUAGGAAAUAAUUUUCACAACCUUCAAGAAAUUCGGCAACUUGAAUUGGUGGAACCAAGUGGCUGGAUUCAUGUUCCUUUAACUGACAAUCAUAAGAAGCCAACUCGAACAUUCAUGAUACAGAUUGCUGUUCUAGCCAAUCACCAAAAUGGAAGAGACACCCACAUGAGACAAAUUAAAAUAUACACACCAGUGGAAGAGAGCUCCAUUGGAAAAUUCCCCAGAUGCACAACCAUCGAUUUCAUGAUGUAUCGUUCAAUACGGUGACUUGAAAAUGGGACAGAAGUGGACUAGAAUGUGUUUUUUUCUGUCAUUGAAUAUUAUGUCAAAUAUCGUUAGUGGGAAAGCAUGUCCUUUUACAAUUUUAUAUAUAUUUAAAACAUUUUAAUUUAGAGAAAUACCUUUUGGGUGAUACCUGUUUUCUUUAUUCAAUAAAGCUCAUAUAUUUUAUAUUGCUAGAAAUAAAUUUGAAGUCAAUCUUUAAA